AUGUCUUUCUACGACGACAAAAAGUCCCCCGACGAGAUCACCCAGUCCCCCACCAACACCUCCACUAAGUCUCCCUCCCCAGACGACUUCGAGAAGCUCGAGAAGCUUGAAAUUCUUCCUCAUAUCCUCCAAGAGGGCAUUCUAUUUGCCGGAUCCGGAUCCGCACUGCUCCUUCAAGCCGCCUACCCAGGCAUCAAGAACCGCAUCAGCGACAGCCAAAGUAAUGCCGGCGACAGCGGCGCCCUGGCCAAAGAACUCAGCGAUGCCCUGCAAGCCACUUUAAGCUACAUCGCCUGCCUCGUCCUAGGCACAGAGAAGGAGAAAAAGACCCUCAUUGACCUCCUGCAGCGCGGGCAACCGCCCUUCCGCGCCAGCGAGACCUACACGUCGCACCCGCCCACCCAGCUCUGGGUCUCUGCCACGCUCUACGCCACCGCGACGGACUUCUACCAGCGCAUCUACGGGCGCGUCAACUACCGCACCGCCGAGAAGGCCUACGCCGAGUUCACCCUCCUCAUGCACGCCCUGGGCAUGCCGACGGGGACGUGGCCCGAGAAUCGCCAGGCUUUUUGGAAGUAUUGGGAUGACCAGAUCGAGCAGUUGUCGGUGACUGCGAACGCGCAUCGCUUUGCGAAGGACCUUUUCGAUCGUACGGAUCUACCCCGUUGGGUGACGAUGUUGAAGCCGCUGAUGCGGGUCGCGACUAUCGAAAUGCUUCCGCCGCGCAUCCGAGAGGCGUACGGGCUGAAAUCGACAGUGUCGACGAGGGGGUUGUAUCGUACCGCGAUGGGCUUCUCGGUGGCUAUCUAUCCUGCGCUGCCCAAGGGGACGAGGUCGUAUGCGUUGCAGUAUUAUUUGGAGGAUUUACGGAAGCAAUUGAAUGUUGUUUAA